CUUUAAUAAAAACAUGACAUCUUUAUAUUUGAUAAAAACAUAACUUUCCUUGAAAAUUGUCAUCCACAAUAAUUACAAAAAUGUCUUUUAAGAUGAAUUACAGCUUUGAAGGAAACCAUAGAGGUAAACCUGAACAAAACCUAUCUGGUGCUAGUAAAAAAUUAACACGAGAAGCUUUGUUGCAAAAGACUCACGAAGAACGACGUAAACGACAAGAACAAAGACUGAAACUGCAAAGUACAGAAUUGUUGCAGUCUCAUUUUCGUAGUUAUCUCACAAGGAAGCAUUUUAAAGAAGACCAAAGGCAAAUUUUUGAUGGAAUUGAUUUAACACUUGACAAUCUGCAUCAGCAACUAGCAAGAUUGUUAAUAUUUUAUGAUUCCAACAUUGACAAAGGCAGACUAAUUGUACUAACCAAUUUCAUACUCUCCAUUAGUUCAAAAAUUUUAGACUUGAUGCAAAGGGAUGAAGCAUUUCUAUGGGUAAUCAAAAGAUAUCUUGUCAUAAGCCUCAAAUCUUUAAAUGAUAGUACAAUUAAUACAUUAAUGUUGAAUACAUUAUACACAUUAUCUAACAGCCCACACAUAUUAGAAUAUCUUAUUAGAAAAGGAUAUUUUAGUUACUUUCGUGCUCUUUUGGACCAAAGUCAAGCAGAGUUGGGGCAUAAGAUUAUACCCCAUGGAAUUUAUAAUCCAUUCAGAUAUUUCAGACAAAUGGAACUUCAUCAUCAGGAACUGGUUUUAUCACAGUUUUGUAAUCAUUUUCUUAGUCAAAACCUAACAGACAAUGUAAAAAAAUUACUAAUUCCAUUCCUCAAGUCCCAAAAAGAUUUCCCAUAUGAAAAUAUAAUCAGAUAUUUAAAUAGUGGGUAUUUCUUUGAAAAUGGAAAUAGUUUGUUAUAUUGUAUUUUAGCUCUUGAACCAGAUGAUUAUGAACCCAACAUGGAUAGUAUUCAAGUACUAUCAAAUCUCACAGCAAAUUUAAGCGAGUUAAAACCAGUUAGAAAUUUAAGUGAUGAGAGUGAAGAUGAGGAGGAUGAUGAUGUAAAUGCUUCAGAUAAUUUGCAGGAUUACUUGGUACUUCUAAAUAAACAAAACAGGGUCAGAAAAAUUCAGUAUUUCUUUGAUGUCAACAACAGGAAUGAACAACUGUUGAAAGCUUUGAUUCAGUUGUGUCAAAACUUGCUUUUGGUUCACAAAAAUUCUGUAAGAAAAUAUCUCAUGUUGCUUGUAUUUGGAUUGAAUCCAGUGUUCCUCAAUCGAUUGUGGAAAAGACUGGAGAACGACAGUACGAUACACAAUCAAUUAACAGGAUCUUCCCUCAUGUCUUGGAGGGAAUCGCAUGUUACAUUUUCAGUUUUCUCUGACAUGUUCAAAUAUUACACAGAAACCUUGACUGACACAGAAAAUUCUGACACCAGCGAAACGUUUAGUAAAAAUGAUUUGUACUCUAUGUCUAAGUUGUUAAAAAACGUUGCCGUGGAUCUAAUCGAUAUCGCAUUUCCAAUGAGCAGAUCCAGUGCUAUCCCGGCAACACAGGAAAUAUUGCACAUGUACAGGGCAUGUCUAGAUUGCCUAAAAAUGCUCUACAUGUUGGACAUGAGGAAGGAGUUCUGUCCAGCAGGAUUUUGGACCCAAAGAAGGAUACACAUUUCUCAAGAUCUGUAUCGAAAAAAUUAUCUUUCAAAGACUAUCGAGCCUUUUCGAGGGAUUAUCACGAAAAUGGAUGACGAGGACCAUUUACCGCCAUUGUCUACAAUUGAACAGAGAUCUCUUGCCAUUCUUCAGGAGUUGCCCUUUGUGAUUCCAUUUAAUGUCAGAGUUUUGCUUUUGAGGCAACUGUGCAGGUCUAGCUUAGGAGAAACCGAUUUUCAACGUAUGCAUGACAGUGAGUUUAUGCAGGACAAUGUGGUCGUCAUAAGACGUACUCAUCUGUAUGAAGAUGCAUUCGAAAAAAUCUCCAACAAAAGCGAAUCAGAUUUAAAACUUAAAGUCAGAAUACAGUUUAUAAACAGUGUUGGCUUGGAGGAGGCUGGGAUAGAUGGUGGAGGGAUAUUUAAGGAGUUUAUUAAUGAAGUUUUGAAGACAGCAUUUGAUCCCAACAGAGGAUUUUUCUUAAUGACUGCAGACAAUACUCUGUAUCCAAAUCCUAAUGUUCAUCUCAUUGUGGAGAAUUUUACUGAACACUAUUACUUUAUUGGUAGAUUAGUAGGGAAGGCUAUUUUUGAAAAUAUUCUAGUGGACUUACCUCUGGCAGAGUUCUUCCUUGCAAAAUUACUAGUAGAUAGAGCAAGCGCUCAUUACUUAAAAUCCUUAGACCCGGUAUUGUAUCGCAACUUAUUGUACCUGAGAGACUAUCAAGGAGACGUCAGCGAUUUAGGAUUGGACUUCACUAGUGUCAGCAACGACUUGGGUGAAACAAAGGUUAUGGAAUUAAAACCUAACGGAAGGGACAUACCAGUGACCAACGAUAACAGACUCGAAUAUAUACAAAAACUGGCGGAGUUCAAGCUUAAUGUUCAGCUGAAUAAACAGUGCAGGGCGUUCCGUAGCGGCUUGAACAGUGUCGUCUCUCUGUUGUGGCUCAAACUAUUCAAUCACAAUGAGCUGCAAGUUAUUAUUGGUGGUGAUAAUCAAGAGAUUGAUUUGAGUGAUCUUCAAGCCCAUACAGUGUAUGGAGGAGAAUUUUCAUCUGAUCAUCCAACAAUAAUACUGUUCUGGAAGAUACUUCACAAAUUCACUUCAGAUCAAAGAAGGAAGUUGCUUAAGUUCGUGACGUCUUGUUCGAGACCUCCCCUUUUGGGAUUCAAAGAAUUGACGCCACAAUUUUGCAUUCAACCGUCGGGAAGUGAAGAUAGAAUGCCAACAGCAAGUACCUGCCUAAACCUCUUGAAGAUUCCCGUCAUUCGUGAAGAAGAGGUUUUGAAAAAUAAACUAUCGGCUGCCAUUGAACUUCAGGCCGGAUUCGAGUUGUCGUAAAAAUGUACUAAAGAAAUUAAAGAAAAUUUUUAUAACGUCAUUUAAUUUUAAAUGAUAUACGAGUGUAGAAUUGAAUUUUAUCGUCACUUUAUUUUUUUGCCUUUUUAACAUUUUUUGUAUUGAAUUUUAUUAAAUCGGUUUAUUGGAUAUUAAGUCACCAAACAAAUCUGAAUGUAAUUAUUUAAUUGUUUGUAUAUAAGUGUUAUUUUUUGAAAUAAAUCUAUUGAAACAGUA